AUGGACACCUCACAGGCUCUGCUUCUCUUCCUGCUCCUGGCCUCUGGAGUAGGGGGCCUCACCCUCAGAGCCACUUCUGGAGUUCAGCAAACCAGUUUCUCCUUGGACUCAGAAAGCUCUUCCCUGGGCCCGGGUUCAAAAGUUCCCUCCAUCAAACCCCACAGCUGGAAACUUCCGGAUCUGUCUGCAGGUUCAAAAGCCUCUGCUGCUAUCCCUCAUUCCAAAUGGGUUCCUGAGGCCCUGAAUUCGAGCAACGUGCCUGGGUCCUUCUGGUCAAAUGUUUCUGCUGAGGCUCAAAAUUUGACCCUGGAUCCCACCUUCUCUGAAAUUCCUGCUCCUGAAGUAUUUCCUGAUAUCCUGGGUCCUCAAGUUCCUACGAAAGACCCAGAGCCUUCCUUCUCUGUUAAGACCCCAGCUUCAAACAUUUCUGCUCAAGAUACUAAAGUAUCUGUGGAGGCCCCAAAAUUCUCCCCCAAGGAUCCAGAUCUUGAAUUCUCUUCCCAGAGACCCCCCGAAUCCAAAGUUGCUGCAGAGGCGGGUCCAGCGUCAAGCUUCUCCCAGCAGGUGGGGGGGCCUCUCUCGGUGCUGGUGGGGACCACCAUCCAGCUCCCCCUGGUUCCAGUCCCCAACCCUGGACCCCCUGCUCCUCUGGUGGUCUGGCGCAGGGGCUCCAAGGUGCUGGCAGCGGGAGGCCUGGGGCCAGGGGCCCCUCUGAUCAGCCUGGACCCCGCUCACAGAGACCGCCUGCGAUUUGACCAGGCCCGAGGGGGUCUGGAACUCGCUUCUGCCCAGCUAGAGGAUGCCGGGGUCUACACGGCUGAAGUCAUCCGGGCCGGAGUCUCCCGGCAGAUCCGGGAGUUCACGGUGGGUGUGUAUGAGCCCCUGCCCCAGCUGUCGGUGCAGCCCCAGGCCCCGGAGACAGAGGAGGGGGCGGCCGAGCUCCGGCUGCGCUGCGUCGGGUGGCGGCCGGGCCGCGGGGAGCUGAGCUGGAGCCGGGACGGACGCGCCCUGGAGGCAGCGGACCCCGCGGGGGCGGAGCCGCCCCGCGUCCGCGCAGAGGGCGACCAGCUGCUCAUCGCGCGCCCCGCGCGCAGCGACCACGCCCGCUACACGUGCAGCGUCCGGAGCCCCUUCGGCCACAGGGAGGCCGCGGCCGACGUCAGCGUCUUCUACGGCCCGGAUCCGCCGGUCAUCACGGUCUCCUCCGACCGCGACGCCCUUGACCUCUCCCUCUGUUCCACAGAGCUGCCCCCCGGGGCCCCACAGUGCUCAGUCGAAGGGGGUCCUGGGGACCGCAGCCUCCGCUUCCGCUGCUCGUGGCCGGGCGGGGUCCCUGCCGCCUCCCUGCAGUUCCAGGGUCUCCCCGAAGGCGUCCGCGCGGGGCCGGUGCCCUCUGCGCUCCUGGCGGUUGUCCCCGCCCACCCCCGGCUCAGCGGAGUCCCUGUCACCUGCCUCGCUCGCCACCUGGUGACCACGCGCACCUGCACCGUCACCCCGGAAGCCCCUCGAGAGGUGCUGCUGCAUCCGAUUGCGGAGGAGACACGGUCAGGAGAGGCAGAGGUGGCGCUGGAGGCCUCCGGCUGUCCCCCACCUUCAAGAGCAUCCUGGGCCCGGGAAGGGCGGCCCCUGGCCCCAGGAGGCGGGGGGCGCCUGCAGCUCAGCCAAGAUGGGCGGAGGCUCCUCAUUGGCAACUUCAGCCUGGACUGGGACCUGGGAAAUUACUCUGUGUUGUGCAGUGGGGCGCUGGGUGCUGGGGGUGACCAGAUCACCCUCACUGGACCCUCCAUCUCCUCCUGGAGGCUACAGAGAGCCCGUGAUGCAGCAGUGCUGACUUGGGAUGUAGAGCGUGGGGUCCUGAUCAGCGGUUUUGAGAUCCAGGCAUGGCGAGAAGGGCCUGACCUGGGCAGAGCCACCAUCUACAAGGACUGGGUCUCCCUGCUCAACCUGGGGCCUCAGGAGCGGUCAGCCGUGGUGCCCCUCCCUUCUCAGAACCCCAGGACCUGGGUCUUGCGUAUCCUGCCCACCCUGGGGGGCAAGCCAGGGACCCCAACACAAAGCCAGGUCUACAGGGCCGGCCCCACCCUGAGCCCCGGGGCCAUCGCUGGCAUCGUCCUGGGCUCCCUACUGGGCCUGGCACUCCUGGCAGCCCUUCUCCUCCUGUGCAUCUGCUGCCUCUGCCGCUUUCGGGGAAAGACUCUUAAGAAAAAGAAGUAUCCGCCCAGCUUGACCCCUGUGGUCCCCCCACCUGAAAAGAAGAUGCAGAGCGUGACCCCAGUGCUGGCCCCACAGCCUCUGCCCCUCAAAGUCCCGAUGGAGGACCCUAGCCCAACCAGGGCCCACCGAGCCACCAGCCCCAGUCCGGUCAUCGCUGCAGGUGGGGGCCAGAAGACUGUUCGGGCAGCCACGCAGGUGUGA